AUGCUUGAUGAUACACGUCGUUUAAAUUCAUUUUUACGUAAAACACGUCGGGGACAUGUUUUGAAAAUAACACAUGAACUCUAUUUACGUACGGAUAUAACAUGUGGAUCACAUGCGUGCCAUCAAUGUACAAUUGAUCAAAGAACUUUACUCGAUAAACAGAUGACUAAUGGAAACAGUCUUGUUUCUUCUGGGCAUUAUCUAAUUGUUGAUACAAAUAUUAUCUUACAACAAGUGGAUGUACUUGAGGAUCCGUUGUUUACAAAUGUAAUUGUACCACAAGUUGUGCUUGAUGAAGUACGACAUAAAAGUUUAGCAAUUUAUAAACGAAUACGAAGUAUAAUAGCAGUUCCAGAAAGAAAAUUUUUUGUAUUUAUCAAUGAAUUCAAUAAAAAUACAUUUGUUUUACGUAAACCUGGCGAAAGUCCAAAUGAUCGCAAUGAUAGAGCAAUAAGAAAAAUUGCACAAUUCUAUAAUGAACAUUUAAAACAACAAAUUCCGAUUGUUCUUCUUACUGAUGAUAUAGCAAAUCGUGAUCUUUCUCGACAAGAUGGCUUAAUUGCUUUUUCUUUGAAGGAAUAUAUAUCGACUUUUAAUCGUCCAGAAUUAUUAGAUCGUCUUGUUCUAAAAGAAGAGUCAUUUGAUUUAGAAAAAGAUCUUGGUAAACGAAAAGAAAUUAUUUUUCCUGAACAUGUAUCUGUAUCUGAAGUUCAACGUGGUAUAAAAUCUGGAAAAUAUUUACAAGGAACAUUUCAAGCAAGUCGAGAAAACUACCUCGAAGCUAAUGUAUUCGUUCAAGAUUCAGAAAAAUAUAAUCAACUUUUCGUCCAAGGCUAUCGAAAUUUAAAUCGUUCUGUUCAUGAUGAUGUUGUUGCUGUAGAAAUUUUACCCGAGCAAGAAUGGGCCAUACCAUUUAGUUUAGUUAUUGAUGAUAAAGAUGAUGAUCAAGGUGAUUUAGUUAUUGAACAAGAAGAAACUGGUCUUGUUGUUCAAGGUAUAUCAUCAAAAAGAACUCCAUCUUGUCGUGUUGUUGCAAUAAUCAAACGAAAUUGGAGACAAUAUUGUGGCAUUCUACAACAAUCUUUACCUGGUGCAAAAUUUCAUUUAUUUUUACCACAUGAACGACGUAUACCUAAAGUUCGCAUUGAAAGUCGUCAAGCUGAAGAAUUAAAGAACAGUCGAGUUAUGGUACAAAUAGAUCAUUGGCCACGUUCGUCUAGAUAUCCACAUGGUCAUUUUAUUAAAACACUUGGUAAACUUGGCGAUAAAGAAACAGAAAAUGAAGUUAUUUUAGCUGAAAAUGAUAUACUUCAUCAUGAAUUUCCUGAAGCAGUACUUGAUUGUUUACCAAAAUUACCUUGGACAAUUACUGAAGAAGAUCUUGCUAAUCGUGUUGAUUUACGUGAUUUUUGUAUCGUUAGUAUUGAUCCACCCGGUUGUACUGAUAUUGAUGAUGCAUUACAUUGUCGUUUACUAGAAAAUGGAAAUUAUGAAUGUGGUGUUCAUAUUGCUGAUGUAACACAUUUUGUACGGCCAAAUACAGCUUUAGACUUAGAAGCACGUGAACGUGGCACAACAGUCUAUUUGACUGAUCGACGUAUUGAUAUGUUACCGGUAUUACUCAGUGGAAAUCUCUGUUCUUUACGUGGUGGUGAAGAACGUUUUGCAUUUUCCGUUCGAUGGGAGAUAACAACCGAUGCAAAAAUAGUCAAUACAAUAUUCCAUAAAUCGAUUAUCAAAAGUAAAUCGGCAAUGACAUAUGAGCAAGCUCAAACAAUCAAAGAUGAUUCUGGUAUGAAUGAUGAAAUAGCUCUUAGUUUAAGACGUCUCCAUUCAAUUGCUGCUCAACUACGUCAGACACGUCUUGAUCGAGGUGCACUAGUACUCGAAUCAUCGGAAGUUCGAUUUCAACUCGAUACUGAAACACAUGAUCCGCUAAGUGUAGUAAACAAAGAAUUAAGAGAAACAAAUUGGCUCGUUGAAGAAUUUAUGUUGCUAGCAAAUAUAAGUGUUGCUGAAAAAAUUUAUGAAUUAUUUCCUGAUUGUGCAUGUUUACGUAAGCAUCCUGCACCACCCAUUUCAAAUUUUGAUCCACUUGUCAAAGCAGCUGAAACAAAAGGUUUUCAAGUAAAAGCAAAUACAGGAAAAGAACUAGCUGAUUCACUGGAUGGAGCCGUUUUACUUGCUCAUCCAUAUUUCAAUACUAUGCUUCGUAUGCUUGCAACACGUUGUAUGAUGCAAGCCGUUUACUUUUGUAGUGGAUUUGAAUCCGAUAUGAAAAGUUUUGAACACUACGGUUUAGCUACACCAAUUUAUACUCAUUUUACAUCACCUAUUCGACGAUAUGCUGAUGUACUUGUUCAUCGAUUGUUAGCAGCCGGUAUUAAUGCAGAUGCAACAUUUCCGGAUCUACUUAAUAAACGUGUUCUACAACAAAUAUGUAAUAAUUUAAAUUAUCGUCAUCGUAUGGCUCAAUAUGCAGCACGUGCAUCGGUAGAUUUACAUACUCAAUUAUUCUUCAAAAAUAUGAAUACCGAUGAGGAUGGUUAUGUAUUCGCUGUACGAAAAAAUGCUUUACAAAUAUUAUUACCUCGAUAUGGAUUAGAAACAACAUUAUUUUUAAGAGAUAAAGAUGGAAAAUCAAUUGGCGAAUUUAAUGAAGAGGAAGCCACACAAACAAUAAAUAAUCUCACAAUACAUAUGUUCGAUCCAGUGACUGUGCAAAUCAGUGUCGAUACUUAUAAUAUUCAACGGCAACGUAUACAAAUUCAUCUGGUUAAACCGUUUAUAGAAGGUUUCAGUGUUUCAGCUAUUGUUAAAAAUAAAACAACAAUAGACGAAGUCGAUAAUACUAUAACAACACCUGUUAAACGUCUUAAAGUCAAAUCAUCUAAAUAA